GUGGAGAGUCCGCUCCUCGCGUUCAUUUCAUUCCUCUUCUCAUUCCGAACAUUCUUAGCAUCGCUCGCGCCGCACAAGCCCAUUCGAAAGCCCAACCCGCCCUGCCACCACCGGUUUGGGGGCAGUAACUAAUCACUUGAAGGGCUUCAAUAAUCCCGCUAGCCAACAAGCUGUAGCGCCCAGACAUAAACACUAAUAUAUAUAUCUAUAUAUAUAUUAAAAAAUAAUAAUAACAAGAAGCAAAAACACCAAGGCUAUAAACUAAAGCAAGCAAAGUCCCCCGGGGGAACCUGGAAGAAGUUUGCAAUUGAUUUACAAAAGACUGUUUGCAAAGGUGGGGAGUGGAGUGGAGAGCUGCUGUUGCUACUGCUGGUUAAUUGUACAUUCAAGUGGAAAAUUUUUCGAAGUCAGCAGAAACAUUGUAUCCAAAAAAAGACAAAGUCGCAGUUCCAACAAAACGAGGAGAUUGUCCCUGGAAAACUUCCUUUCGGUUUCUUCUCAUAAAGCUUCCAGGCUCAGGCUUGGAAAAACCAGCCAUCACCAUUGAGCCCAGCAGCUGGAGCGGCAGCGAGAGCCCUGCCGAAGACAUUGAAAGAAUGAGUGAUUCUGCAGAUAAACCAAUUGACAAUGAUGCAGAAGGUGUCUGGAGCCCAGAUAUUGAACAAAGCUUUCAGGAGGCUCUAGCUAUAUAUCCCCCUUGUGGGAGGAGGAAAAUCAUCUUGUCUGAUGAAGGGAAAAUGUAUGGUAGGAAUGAACUGAUAGCCAGAUACAUCAAACUUAGAACAGGAAAGACACGGACCAGGAAACAGGUGUCUAGUCACAUACAGGUCUUAGCCAGGAAGAAAGUUCGAGAAAUUCAAGCCGCCAUUAAGGUGUCUAGUCACAUUCAGGUUCUUGCCAGAAGGAAAUCUCGUGAUUUUCAUUCCAAGCUAAAGGAUCAGACUGCAAAGGACAAAGCACUCCAGCACAUGGCAGCCAUGUCAUCAGCUCAAAUAGUAUCUGCAACAGCGAUUCACAAUAAGUUGGGCCUGCCAGGAAUUCCCCGUCCUACAUUUCCUGGAGCACCUGGAUUUUGGCCAGGAAUGAUACAGACAGGGCAGCCAGGAUCUUCACAAGACAUAAAGCCAUUUGUUCAGCAGGCCUAUCCCAUACAGCAGACAGUUGCAACACCUAUUUCAGGGUUUGAACCUGCAUCGGCUCCGGCACCUUCAGUUCCUGCGUGGCAAGGUCGAUCUAUUGGAACAACUAAACUGAGACUGGUGGAAUUUUCAGCUUUUCUUGAACAACAGAGAGACCCAGAAUCAUACAACAAACAUCUCUUUGUACACAUUGGACACGCCAACCAUUCUUACAGUGAUCCGUUGCUGGAAUCGGUGGAUAUUCGUCAGAUUUAUGAUAAAUUUCCAGAGAAGAAGGGUGGUUUGAAGGAAUUGUUUGGGAAAGGGCCCCAGAAUGCCUUCUUCCUAGUAAAAUUUUGGGCGGACUUAAAUUGCAACAUUCAAGAUGAUGCAGGAGCAUUCUAUGGUGUAACUAGUCAGUAUGAAAGCUCAGAAAACAUGACAAUCACCUGUUCCACCAAAGUCUGUUCAUUCGGGAAGCAAGUAGUAGAAAAAGUAGAGACUGAAUAUGCACGGUUUGAGAAUGGCCGGUUUGUGUACAGAAUAAACCGUUCUCCAAUGUGUGAAUAUAUGAUCAAUUUCAUCCACAAGCUCAAGCAUUUGCCAGAGAAAUAUAUGAUGAACAGUGUGUUGGAAAACUUUACUAUUUUGUUGGUUGUAACAAACAGGGACACGCAGGAAACCCUACUUUGCAUGGCGUGUGUAUUUGAAGUUUCAAACAGCGAACAUGGUGCACAGCAUCACAUCUACAGGCUUGUAAAGGACUGAACAGUUAUUUAUAGACACAUUUCGUUAUAGCUCCUUAUCAAAACACAGACUGUCAACCUCAACGUGAAGUGGCAGUUCCUCUGGCUGAGCUUUCCCCCACAUUUUUCUAAACCUCAUUUGAGUGUGUUCAUACAUUGUAGCUGUGAAAUUCUGGUACAGUUGUACAAAUUCUUUUUAAAACAAAGUGUUCAAAUUUAUAAAAUUACACUUCUUUGAGAAGACUAUAUUUAAGGAUUUCAAGGCCUUUAUGAAAGUUUUAGAUUUUUUUUUGUUGUGUUAGAAAAAUAUAAAACAGAGCAUUUGCCAUGGGAAAACUUUAACAGCAAUUAUAAAAAUUUAUGAGGUGUUUUAUCUAAAUUAAAAACAUGUUUUUUUAAGAUGACAGUGAAAUUGAAAUGCAUUUUAACUAUGUGUAAAUUAGAACAGGUUUUUUUUUUUUAGAAUUAUAUUCAUAACAGAUUACUGUGGACAUUACAGACGAAUGUAAUUCACUAAAUUAUUUUAUAACUCUAUUUCUGUUUGAAGCCAAAAGACAAACAUAGCCUUAAGAAAUGCCUGAUGGGAGCAGACAGGUCCUAAACAAAUACAAAAAUGUAUUUUAUUUCCUCCCCUGUAUUAAAAACUAACCUUCUAAUCCAUUGAACAUUUCAAGCAGGUAUUGCAAAGCGAGAUUUUCUCCCUUUAUUAAUCAUAUUUAGUGUAUUUAAAAAAAUAUAAAGUAUUGUACUAAUAAGGACAUUUGAUUAUUUAAUUAAAAGUGGCUCGUUUUGCAAUAACUAGAUAAAUUCUGAAAAAUUAGAUUUAUGAUGUAUGUAAUUUUGUGUGUGGUUAUAUUUUACAUGAGAUUUCUUUGAGGGGGGUUGUUUGUUUUCAUCAUGAAUCAAGAAGUUGCAACACUAAAACUAGUGAUUAGCAAAUGUAAGGGAGAAAAAAAAUGACUGCUGUAUUACAAUUAUGUUGUCAACUGAAAACCACAAAAUGACUGUGGUCAAGAAGAGAAUAGGUAAGCAAGGAAAAGGUUCAUCUGUUUUUAAUGUCUUUGGAGUCCUAGAAAAUCAUAGAUUGGUAGGCAAAAAAGAUGCAAUGACUAUCUUUCAGGAGACUUGUAAAUCUUGUGAUCACCCAAGAUGAACACAGUCUACCAGCAGGUGUAUCAUGACCUAUCAAAGCCUUGAUAAGUCUUCUGUUUUGCCUGCCUACCUGGAAAUCCAAAAACAAAGUAGUUGCCAAAAAGUUGCCAUAACAGCUUGAACCCAGUGAAGGAUUUUUACAGAAGGAAGGAAUUUCCAUCUGUGGAUCAUAAUUCCUUCCCUUGCAUCCCAGAAUAAUCAGAUUGCUAGCAAACAGUAAACUGUGAGUGGUACAUACAACCUAAUGCAGUGCAUACCUGCCUAUAUUACCUUUGUUUCUAAGCUAAGUUUUCCCCCUUUGUUGUUCACUACAUACUCUCUUCUGUAUGUGCCAUUUUUAAGAGCACAAUAUUAUUUUACCUCAAGUAUAACACUUAAUUCACUGGUCUUUAAGUAUUGGUGUGUCACAAUAUUAAGCAUAAAUAGGAAUCAAACAUGUCUUGUUUCUCCAUUUGUGCAAACUGAAUUGGUCAUGGGUUUUAUGUAUUUAAAAAGUGAUGAGCAUAUGGACACUACUUUAUAGUUUCCAUUCUAGCUAAAACAUUGUUUUUCCAGGCCUGUAUAUUGGACCUGAGGAGUCUGGCAUACCUCCCUCAGAUACUAAAAGUUGUAUAAUCUUGAAAAUGUAAGGGUUAAAUGAUACAUAUCCAUAUAUAUUUCUUAAUGUCCCUAUAACUCCACACAUACUUGAAAACAUUUUCAGUGUGCAGCUUAGAUUAGUCAUUAUGUAUCAUAAAAUAAGCAGGCUGUUGCUGCUUAUACAUUUGC